CCCCCAGAGCACCAUCAACCAGACCCCGGUGACGCUGCAGGUUCCGGGGCUGAUGAGCUCCCAGGUGCAGAUGGGGGGUCACCCCACGGAGGUUCUGUGCCUGCUCAACAUGGUGCUGCCCGAGGAGCUGCUGGACGACGAGGAGUACGAGGAGAUCGUCGAGGACGUCAGGGACGAGUGCGGGAAGUACGGGACGGUCAAAUCCAUCGAGAUCCCGCGGCCCGUGGACGGGGUGGAGGUGCCGGGCUGUGGGAAGGUGAGAUGUGGGAGAUGUGGGGUCAGGGAAUGGGGUCAGGGAUCCCCAAAUCCAUCGAGAUCCCGCGGCCCGUGGACGGGGUGGAGGUGCCGGGCUGUGGGAAGGUGAGAUGUGGGGGGUA